CAGCCCCGCCCCACCUGUGCGGGCGGCCACGCGGCUGCCACCUCCCGCGCGCGGACAUGGCCCUCGACCCCACAGAAUUCCUGAUCAUUUGGAGGAUACUUACCCCUUUGGAUUUCAGGGUUCUCUAGGAAUUUGAGGAGCAGGUGGGAGUUUGGAGCAGGUGCUUCGGCUGCUGUGUUAGUCUAACUGAGAGCAGCAUCUCAGACAUGUCGAAAAAGAUGUUUUGAUCCCCAAAAUAAUGAGAGAAAAGGCCCGAGAGAGAUGUUCUGAACAAGUUCAAGGAGGAGCUUCAAGAUGGCGGAAGAGUAAGACGUGGAGAUCACCUUCCUCCCCACAGUUACAUCAGAAAUACAUCUACACGUGGAACACCUCCUACAGAACACCUGCUGAACGCUGGCAGAAGACCUCAGACCUCCCAAAAGAUUUCACUAAAUGUUGCAAGGACUCUGGAAUCCUUAUGGUAGUAAAAUGCCGCAAAGAAAAUUCUGCAUUGAAAGAAUGUCUAACUGCUUACUAUAAUGAUCCAGCCUUUUAUGAAGAAUGCAAAAUGGAAUACCUGAAGGAAAGGGAAGAAUUCAGAAAAACUGGAAUUCCUACCAAGGAAAGGCUGCAGAAGCUUCCCACAAGCAUGUAGGCAAAUAUUCAAAUGAUACUCAGUAACGCCAAUGUUCAUGGAAAUCACAGUCACCUGAAAUGAUGGACUCAAAGAAGUGUCUGCUUUAUCCUUAAUUAUGGAAAUAAUUUUAUCUGAAAUAAAGGUUUUUCUUAAACUUCAAA